AUGUUCUCGAAGAGAAAGGUAGUCAAGCGGAAUAUUCGGAAAGUCACGGGAGAUGACAACUCCAAUUUGAAUAUGCCCCCAAAUGAUGGGGGAAAGGAGAGCUCUACUCAAGAAGAAACCAAAGUGGGGAGUAGAAGAACCGAUGUAUGCAUUACCAAGAGUGAGGUUGUAGUACCACCCAUCCAUGAAGAAGGAUCAGUAAUGCACGGUGACAUCCGUAUGAGAGACCCACCGGAUGAGGAGGAAAAAAAUGAGGAAACAUAUGGGAGGGACCCCCAAAUGGAGAGUAAUUCAAAUAGGCACUUUGCCAAUGGGAGGAGAGACAUUGAAAAGGAAGAAAAUAUUUACCAACUGCAAUUUUUUAAGGAGCCCACCCAAGGGGUAACCACUAAGAAGGAAAAAAUAAGCAAAAGGGAGGAGAAGAAAAAAGAAGAGACGAGAAAGGUCAACAGGAUGAACACGAGCUUCCACAUUUACAGUGACGAUGAAGACGACUGUUAUGUAGCUAUUCGAAAGAGGAAGAAUGUACAGAGGGGCAUCCAAGGUGGAUCCAUCCAUGGUGGACCCAUCAAUGGUGGACCCAUCAAUGGUGUAACCAUCCAUAGUGUAACCAUCAAUGGUGUAACCAUCCAUAGUGGGUUAUCCCAAGUGGGGGACUCACUCGACACGGUGAAAGGAGGCAAAGCGGUAGAGGCCAACCCCGUUGAAAGUGACGCUGAACAGGGGGAAACUCUCCCGGGGGAAUCACUCCCGGGGGAACCUCUCCCAGGAGGGGGGCUACCUUCACGGGAGUUUCUCCUUCGAAGGUAUGGCGUAGAUCUACCCCAAGGGGAUGUCAAUCUGACAGUACAAGAAUGGUUACUUGACGAUGAGGAGGACAAUCGUGCAAGUAGCCCUAUCGACAUGGACAGGAGAGGUGGGGGUCCAAACGAAGAUAGAUACUCGCACUACCAGAGGGGAGGUUGUCGAAGGGAGGAAGACAAUGGGAGGGAUCAAAAAACGGGGGGGAGAUACCCACGUGUGGCUCUCCAACGAGAGGAAGCAGCUACAAAGGAAGGCGAGGAGGGUUACCAAGCAGGGGAGGGUUACCAAGCAGGGGAGGGUUACCCAGCAGGGGAGGGUUACCAAGCAGGGGAGGGCUUCCAAUUCGAGGAGGGCUUCCAAUUCGAGGAGGGCUUCCAAUUCGAGGAGGGCUUCCAAUUCGAGGAGGGCUUCCAAUUCGAGGGGGGCUUCCAAUUCGAGGAGGGCUGCCAAUUCGAGGAGGGCUGCCAAAACGAGGAGGACUACCAAGACGAGGAGGAAAAAAAACUCAUCGAAAGGAUAAAGCUGAAGAAACAAAUUUUGCGAAAAAAAACUCAGUGAAUGACUGAGCACCAGUUUCGUGGAAAGAAUAAGAAGAAAUAUUGGGAGGAGGAGGAGGAGGGCUACAUAUUGACGGGAGAAAACCGCGUAGUGACUGAGGAGGAGCGCUUACCGAGCGAAGACGACCUAGAAGUAGAUGAUAUGUACAACUACGAAUCGCUGAGCGAAAUGAAAAACAGACUCAUAAUAAAAAAAAACAAAAGUGACGAAGUGGAUCGCUUUUAUGACGUGGUAGGGGGAGUAGCAACUGAGCGGGAUCUCCACGAAAUUGGAAACCCCAACAGGGAGUACAUAAAACAAAUGCAGGAGGAUGAAAUGAUUAACCGAAUUGUGGAUAUGAAGACCAUUUCGCAGUUAAAGAAGCAGAAAAGGAACCUUCAGGGGGAGGGGAUCUCCCCUCAUGAUGAGGGUGAUACAAGCGAUCCAUUUUUCGAUGGAGUGUACAAGCAGAGUGACCACUCAGUUCGGUUAAAUUUGAAGAAGGAUUCUUUGCAUGGCGAUCGUCUACCGGGGCCCCCUUCGGACUUUCCCCCUACGAAUGGCGCACAGGGUUGGCAGUGGCAGCGGCAGUGGCAGCGGCAGUGGCAGUGGCAGGUAAAUGGGGAGGGGGAGAAGGAGGAGAAGACGAAGGAGACGGAGACGGAGAAGGAGGAGAAGACGAAGGAGACGGAGACGGAGAAGAAGGAGGAGAAGACGGAGACGGAGAAGAAGGAGGAGAAGGCGGAGACGGAGAAGAAGGAGGAGAAGGCGGAGACGGAGAAGAAGGAGGAGAAGGCGGAGACGAAGGAGGACACGGAGACGAAGAAGGAUGAGACGGAGAAGACGCGAACAAGUGGGACGCGCCCGAACCGGGGAAAACACCCAAACAGUGAUGACAACAUGGAUGAUGAGGACAGGCGAAACAACGCCCAAAGCAACGACGGUGGGUACCAACACGAAAAUGAAGUCCUCUUUAGGGAGAUCAAAAAAACUUUUAAAAAAUACGGCGUCUGUAACACAAAGAUUGUCGAAAUGUAUGAACACAUCCUGGACCUUUUCGAGGAGUACAAAUUCCGAAAGGAUGCAUCAGGAGAAGUAAAAAGUUUAGAAAAAAUUUACAAAAAAAAGUAUAUCGAAUUGGAAGACAUCAGAAGGAACAUGUCAAAAAAACUUGUCACCUGUGCAGGUUUCUUUAGAUUCUUUUAUCAUGUGAUGAAGCUGAUCAAAUCGAAAAGCAAUCUGUUAGACAACGCACUAGCACAGUCCUUCGAGAUUGAUGUCACCUUUUUUAUCAUAUACCAAAAUUUGAAGUUAUACCUUUACAGAAAGUACUACGAAAAAUACAAGCUCCUUUUCAUCAAGGAUUAUAUUUACAGCUCUAAAUAUUACAAAAGGAAGAAAGAGGGAGACAAAAACGAAUUGGUGACACUGUUGGUAGAGGAUGGAGUUAUCCCGAACAACCAAUUUGUACAUGACUCUGCACCCUUUAACGAGUACCUCGUCAAUGAGGUCAAACAUCCCGAUGGAUUCAACGACACCCGUGUGCACUACAUGUUCGAUGGGUUCUCCAGUAAUUACUCCACAGAUUCAUCGGAGUCUUCCGAUUGGGGUAGGACUACGAACGAUGCUGUGAAGAAUGACCAGGCAGAUGCAGCCAAAAGGAAGAAGCGGAAGGAACAUAAGCAGAAGUAUUUCCAAACGACCAAAAUGAAAGCAUUAAAGAGGAGGUACCUCAUAGCCAUCGGGAGCAUCUUCAAAGACGUGCACACCUAUUUUUCGAACUUUAAAAAUUCUAUUAAAUAUUUUUAUUUGCUCAAAUUACACAACGAAGAUUUUUACGUACAACACAGUUGCAUGUCCUUAUUCGAUCCUAUAUUUUUUUUUUUUGCAAAAUAUGAGUUACUCUUUUGGGAUCCUUUAUACCAGUUUUACCAGACCAGAACUAAGAAAAGGAAGCUACUCUCCUUGGUCGAAGAUCAAAUUGGGGGGAGCCACUCGGGGCACAUGCAUGCCAAGUUUGUGCAGCUGUACAGAAAUGACGACUUCGUCAAUGCAAAUAACGUUCCUCGGCGGAAGAAACAGUUCCUGCCCCCUGUGAGCUUCCAGUGGUACAAAUUUAUGGACGAGCUGAUGUAUAUCUACCAAGUGGAGGAGGAAAAGGAAGUCCUGAAAAAGCUGUACGACCAAAUUUUUAACAAUAAGGUGCACGAAUUAGUGGAGGCAUGGAACCCCCUAUCCUUGAAGCAAAGCUACAAUUUGUGUGUAAUCCUGGCAGAGUACCUCCUCUACAAUCAGGACCGGAGAGAGGUUACCGACAUGGUGAAAGAGAAGAUAAACAACUGUGUGUAUACAUUUUUUGAGGGAUAUAAAAAUAUAAGUAGCCAAAAAAAAAAAAAUAUCUUCCUAAUGAGGUGUUUAAAGAUAUUAAAAAGUGUAAGGGGCAUCCUUUGUUUGCUGAGUGACGAUGCCCUGCACGAUUUUGUUAAAAAUAUUUUUUACAACUUUGUCCUCACGAAUUAUGAUUAUUCCAGCAAAUUACACAAUUUGAUUGUGUCAGCCGUGGUGCACAUAAUCCUCUCGCUGGAUAUUCCAAAGGAGAGCAAAUUUUUCGAAGACAUUUCCAGUGUGUUGUCUGGCAUCACGGCUAGGCUCAGCUCGGGCGACUUCGAAAACGGGAAAUUCAAGGUGGAAAAUUAG